UGGUGAGCAGCGCGGGAAACCCCUCGCGUGCAGACGAAGAAGCAGAGCUCGCGACGUUACGCAGUCGCCAUUUUGUUUCACCGGGAGUAAAGAAACCAGCGGAGCAGCGCCGGCGUCAAUCUUCUCCAUCACCCGCAGCACCGUCCCCACGGCAGAGCAGCGUCCUGCACCCAGGGUUUCACGAUGUCUGGAGACAUGGCCACCGAUCAUGCUGGAGACAUGGAUCCCGAUCACGCUGGAGACAUGGACCCAGAUCACGCUGGAGACAUGGCCCCUGAUGAUACUGGAGACCUGGCCCCCGAUCAUGUAAAUGGAAACGGCACAGAGGAACCAAUGGACACUACAGCAGCUGCGACCCACUCAGAACACUUCCAGGCUUUACUGGAAGCUGGUUUACCUCAGCAGGUCGCUGAGAAGUUAGAUGAACUUUAUGUAGCAGGCCUGGUAGCACAUAGUGACCUCGACGAACGGGCUAUUGAAGCUUUGAAAGAAUUCAACGAGGAGGGAGCCCUGCAAGUGCUGGUUCAGUUCAAAGAGAGCGACCUGUCACACGUGCAGAACAAAAGUGCCUUUCUCUGUGGUGUAAUGAAGACAUACAGACAGAGGGAGAAACAAGGGACAAAGGUUUCAGAUUCCACUAAAGGACCCGAUGAGGCCAAAAUCAAAGAACUCCUGGACAGAACCAACUACACGCUGGACGUCACAACAGGACAGCGAAAGUAUGGAGGCCCCCCGCCUGAGUCGGUGUACUCAGGGGCCCAACCCACAGUCGGAACAGAGAUAUUCGUCGGAAAGAUUCCCCGUGACUUGUUUGAAGACGAGCUGGUUCCUCUGUUUGAGAAGGCUGGUUCUAUCUGGGAUCUCAGGCUAAUGAUGGACCCGCUGAGCGGCAUGAACAGGGGCUAUGCCUUCGUCACGUUCUGUACUAAAGAGGCAGCUCAGGAGGCGGUGAAGCUGUGUAAUAAUCAUGAGAUUCGCCCUGGAAAGCACAUCGGGGUUUGUAUAUCUGUCGCCAACAACAGGCUAUUUGUCGGCUCUAUUCCCAAGAGUAAAACAAAGGAGCAGAUUGUCGAAGAAUUCGCUAAAGUCACAGAGGGCCUCAGUGAUGUCAUACUGUAUCACCAGCCUGACGACAAAAAGAAGAACCGCGGCUUUUGCUUCCUGGAGUAUGAGGACCACAAAACGGCCGCUCAGGCCCGUCGCCGGCUAAUGAGCGGGAAGGUGAAGGUGUGGGGCAACGUGGUGACAGUGGAGUGGGCUGAUCCCAUCGAAGACCCCGACCCAGAGGUCAUGUCCAAGGUGAAGGUUUUAUUUGUGAGAAAUCUUUCCAACGGUGUGACGGAGGAGAUCCUGGAAAAGUCCUUCAGUGCAUUUGGAAACCUGGAGCGAGUGAAGAAGCUCAAAGAUUACGCUUUCAUUCACUUUGAAGAGCGGGACGGAGCAGUGAAGGCGCUGGAGGAACUGAACGGGACCGACCUGGAGGGGGAUGCGAUUCAGAUUGUUUUUGCUAAACCACCAGAUCAGAAAAGGAAGGAGCGUAAAGCCCAGAGACAAGCUGCCAAAACACAAAUGUAUGAUGACUAUUACUACUACCCUCCCCCUCCCCACAUGCCACCGCCUGCGAGAGGCCGGGGCAGAGGUGGCAACCGGGGUGGCUACUCUUACCCACCUGACUACUACGGUUACGAGGACUACUAUGACUAUUAUGGCUAUGACUAUCACAACUAUCGUGGCGGCUACGAUGACCCCUAUUACGGCUACGACGACUUCCAGGGCCCGAGCCGAGGGCGUGGUGGAAACAGGGGCUCACGAGGGGGAGCCUCUCCAUCCAGAGGACGUGGCGGCGCUGGUGCACCUAGGGGCAGGGCCAACUUCUCCCAGCGUGGCGGGCCAGGACCAGGCCGUGGCGGGCGCGGCGCAAGAGGAGGAGUGCAGCCGAGAGGGCGAGGAGGGGUACGUGGUGCGCGGGGUGGCCGCGGUGGAAAUGUAGGAGGAAAGCGCAAAGCUGAUGGGUACAACCAGCCAGAUUCCAAGCGUCGCCAAACCAAUAAUCAGAACUGGGGCUCUCAACCCAUUGCUCAGCAACCGCUCCAAGGUGGUGAUCAUUCUGGUAACUAUUCUGGUUACAAAUCUGACAACCAGGAAUUUUAUCAGGAUUCUUUUGGGCAACAGUGGAAGUAAACCAGUAGGGCUUUGAUAACUAAAUACGUGUUUGUUUUUGUUGGUGUCUUUUUUUAUUUAGAGACUUGAUCUGAUUGGCCCUCAAUCCCAUACGGUUGCCGGCAUUUUUUCCUCAAAAUUGGUGACAUCUGGCAAGAUAACUUUUUGUACAUAUUUUAAUAAUCCGCUUGGACUCAAAUAGUAGUCACACUCCCUGUUUCUGGCGAACUGGUUUUCUUUUAAUUUUUAUUUUUUUUAAGAUGGUCGUUAAAAAAGAGUUUCCAUAACAAAAGGUGAAAAAUUUUAGCUGCAAUCCUGUGGUGGAGCUGUCUAUUUGGCUUUAGCUUUAUGUAUGUUUUUAGACAUUCUGGUUAUCAUGUUUUAAGUAGCUAACAGCAACAAAGCAUAUGUCUCCUAAACAUGUAUUUAAAACAAAUGAAAAUACAAUUUGUAUUGUCACAAAGUAAUGCGUGUCUUGUUAUUGAAAAGAAGAAAAAAAAAAAAAAAGGACCGUCGUAGUCCUAUUUUUUGGCUUUACAUUUUGGCUUGUAUCCUUUUGCUGUUUGUCUGCUUUAAUAAACAUACACGCACACGUGUACAAAACUUCAAA